AUGGUCCUGACAAAGGCUGCCGAUCUGGAUAUCAAGCGGGCCUUCGGCUUCGACUUCCCGCCGGGGUGCCUCACCACCGAUGCUCAGGAGGUCCUCACGCACCCCGACAUACAGGUUGUCAUCGAGCUGAUUGGGGGGACGGGCAUUGCGAAGAAGUUCGUCGAGACCGCGCUGACCAACGGCAAGUCUGUGGUGACCGCCAACAAGGCCUUGCUGGCGAAGCACGGCAGCGAGCUGUUCGAACUUGCCGAGAAGCACACGGUCGACAUCCACUACGAGGCCGCCGUCGCCGGCGGCAUCCCGAUCAUCAAGGCCCUCCGCGAGGGGUUGGUCGCGAACCCCAUCAAGUCCAUUCACGGCAUCCUGAACGGCACCUGCAAUUACAUCCUGACGCGCAUGGAGCGCGAGGGCAUCGCUUUCGACGACGUGCUGAAGGAGGCCCAGAGGGCCGGCUUCGCAGAGGCCGAGCCGAGCCUCGACGUCGACGGCUGGGACACCGCCCACAAGGCGGUGAUCCUUGCGCAGCUGGCCUUCGGUGGGAAGUACUCCCUGGACGACAUCCAGGUCAAGGGCAUCCGCGGCCUCGCCGGCCAGGACGUGCAGUACGCGGCCGAGUUCGGCUACCGCAUCAAGCUGCUGGCCGUCCUGAGGAGAACCGACGCCUCCGGCGUCGAGGUCUCUAUCGAGCCCACGCUCGUGCCGAAGGACCACCUGCUCAGCAAGGCCGGCAUCGGCUCAGCGCCGAUGAGCGUCGACGGGCGGGCGCCGGCAGCAGCACCAGGCACGCGCCUGCCCGAGGGCUGAAGUAGAACAGCCGCACCGGGCACGCACCAGCAUUGGAGGGUCGGCGCAACGUGCCUUCUCUCGUCGACCCGGCAUGCCAACAACCUUAC